AUGCCGUUCAACUCGUCUUCAACCGAAAUCCUCAUUCCCGCCUAUGAAGCCUCGGUCAUCAUUGCAACACUUCAAGGCAAACGUCUAUUCUUUUGUACUGCUACCCUUAUGUUUUACGACCAUCUUAUUACUAUUGGCCAAGAGAUAGAAUAUUUCUGGACUACGGCAUGGAACUUGUCGCAGAUCCUAUAUUUUGGUAUAAGAUAUAUCGCUCUUUUCGAGGUGAUCCUUAUUAUGAUUGCCUACUCCGUUGAGUUGUCGGCUUCUGUGAGACCUCGUGAUGCACGUAUCCUUCAUCUUACUAACCUAACCUCUUGUGACGGUGUUUCGCGCACACUCGUUACCGCUUCGAACGUGGGGCUAGUAUUAACACAAGCUGUCAUAGUCAUCCGUGUCUGGUACCUUUUCGCCCACAGCAAGAUUGUCCGAUUAACUAUCGUACUCACCUUUGUCGCAUGUAUAACGUGUCAGCUCAUCCUGGUGGGAUGGAGAAUUAGCGCUAUUCAUCUCAGUCAGUCGUCAAGUACCGGCAUCCCUGGACUGCCUUCUUGUGGAUACAUGCCUCCAUACUACUGGUGCACCUAUGUACCCCCCGUCGUUCUCCAUGUGGUAAUGUAUGCCUUGUCAUUUUAUCGACUCGUAAACAUUACACAUUCUUACGAUUUCGACAAAUUCGUUGGACGGUUCGUGGAAGAGGGUGGACCUAUGUAUUUCAUAGCCACAGUUGCUAUUCUGUUGACAGAGAUUUCCUUAUUUUCAUCCGACGUGCCAAUAGUGAGUGACUUUCUCUCCAUGAUCACGGUCUCUCAUCAAACACGAUCCACAGAUGUACAUAUCAAUAUUGAGCUCAUAGCAAGUACACCCCUUUUCAUCUUCAUGCACUCUCUGAUCUUAUCGUGGACUAGCCUUCUUCAGGCUACUGUAAUAGUUGCAACCAGCCACGCCUUACUCAGCAUCCGUACGCUUGCCGCUAAAUACAAUGGUGAUGUAGCCUGGGUAUUGAGCUAUAACGAAAUGAGCCGGCUGCGUUAUAAGCAAGGUCCGAACGAUGGCGAACUGCUAGUGGAUAUGGAUACGGGUGAUGGCGAAGGAGUAGAACUUGUCGAAUCGGGAGCUGGCUUGAAUAGUCCUUUCAAACUCACUUCAAACCUCGGCUCCCGCCAAAACUAG